UUCUGUUCUAUGUUCCCCUGAUAUCCGAAAAACUGUUUUGGUUUGAUUUCAUUUCCGAAUACUUCAUUCAUCACUGUGAGUCUGUAACUGUUCUGUUCAUCCCUACCUAUCGGAUUUUCAGCCACAUUCUUCUUAUUCCUGAAUAUACACCCAAAUUCCACUUUCCUAUCCUAGGGUCACCAUCACCAUGAGAGCCAAAUUGCUCGUGUUCCCAUUACGUGGCAGGAACUGGUGCUUCUCCAGAACCAUCGAUCAUUCUCUUCUCUCCGCUUCCCAUGCUUCCUCUCAAUCAUCCCCUUCAACCCUCAAAGGCUUAUGGACCAACAUCAACGUCCGUGAUAAACCCCUUAACGCCAAAGCCGAGCUCUUUGUCGAUUACAUCGCCAACAAGAUGAAUAGCGUUUGGAUUGGCUUGGAGAAAGCGCCGGAGGGGUCCUUCAAGAAUAAGAUUCAUGGGUUGGGCUUGCGGCUCUUGUCGCGGGUUAAGCCCUCGGAGAUAUUUUUGAAGUCUAUAUCGAAGGAAAUCACUAGUGUUGAAAUCAUCUAUCCAUCAAGUUUGAAUGCUCAACUUGUUCGUCGAAGACUGAGACAUAUUGCUGUGAGGGGAGCAAUUAUCCACAGGAAAUACUUCUAUGGUUCAGUUUUGUUAAUCCCAUUGAGUGCAGCAUGUGGCAUUUUACCUUUGCCUAAUGUCCCGUUCUUCUGGGUUUUAUUUCGCACUUAUUCUCACUGGAGAGCCCUGCAGGGAAGUGAGAAAUUGCUCCAACUAGUCUCAGAUGGCAACAAAACUUCAAACACUUACACACAAACUGAGCAUAAGAACUCUAAAAGUCAAAGCCAUAGUUCGAAUGAACCCUGUUGGGUGUUGAAGCCCUCCAAAGAACUAGAUAAUCUUGUCCGUCUAGAAGGUCUUAGUCAACAUGCUAUCGUAAACAUUUGCAAGAUCUAUGACUUGAACACCAAAGAUGUUAUAAAAUACCAGAAGUCUAUUUUUUAAUGUUUUGUAAUGCAAUAAGUUUUGGAAUUUUCUAUUCAAUCCACUUCCUUCACAUUUUCAUAAAUGUUAACCCAUAUUUUUUGGUUGUUAUUAACUUAUUCAUCAAUUUAUGCUACUUGUGAA